AUGCAAACUGAAAGUAAAGCAAAGAGAGGACUGACCGGGCCUCAGUUGGGACGGUUAGGCAAAAAUGCCGCUACCCUUGCGGAGGGGAUUGAAGAAGAGGAAAAGCCAGUGGUGGAGGAAACAGGGAACAGGACAGCCGUCCAGGUGUUCAUCCUUGAAGGGUUCCCUGCUGCCCAGCACCUGCGUAGCCUCUUCUUCCUGGUGCACUUGCUGGCCUACUUGGCUUCCAUCAUGGGCAACGUGCUCAUCAUCAGCAUCAUCUGUGUGGACCAUCGCCUGCAGACCCCCAUGUACUUUUUCCUCAGCAGUUUCUCCUUUUUAGAGUGCUGUUUUAUAACUACUGUUAUUCCUCAAUUGCUGGCCAUUUUUCUCUCAGGGAGACAAGCAAUUUCCUUUGCUGCCUGUUUCACACAAGCCUUUUUCUUUCUUUUCCUGGGAGCGACUGUCUUCUUCCUUAUGGCUGUGUUAUCCCUGGACCGGUACCUGGCUAUUUGCAAACCUUUGCAUUAUCCUUCCAUCAUGAACUCAAGGAUGUGCUUCCUCCUGGUGGCUGCAUGUUUGGUUUUGGGAUUCCUCUUCAUGGCUGUCCCAGUUAUAAUGCUUUCCCAGUCAUUUUUCUGUGGCCCCAAUGUUAUCCCUCAUUUUCUCUGUGAUUUUGGACCCUUGACAAAUCUCUCCUGUUCAGAAACCAGAUCUAUAGAAAUGUUGUUUUUUAACCUUGCUUUAAUUGUACUUUUUUCAACCCUCAUUAUAGCCAUCUUUGCAUACAGCAAUAUAGUAGUCACAAUAGUAUGUCUCCCAUCAGCCAAGGAGCGUCAGAAAGCAUUCUCCACCUGUUCCUCUCAUCUCAUCGUCCUCUCUCUGAUGUAUGGAAGCUGUGUCUUUAUAUACAUGCGGCCAAACCAGGCAAGCAGGCUGGACACCAACAGAGAGGCCGCUCUUGUGAACACGGUACUGACGCCCCUUCUCAAUCCAGUCAUCUACACCCUGAGGAACAAGCAGGUCCACCAGGCUCUGAGGGAUGCGCUGUCUAAGAUUAAGCUGCACAGAUAUCAAAGGAACAAUGCACCGUCCCUUUGA